CAGCAAUUCAUCACAUUUCAUUAAACUCACAACAAAAUGUGCGGUUUAUUCUCACAUUCUCCCCUUCCCUUGCUGCUCUUACUCUUCUCAUUUUCUUUUCCUAGUCCUUGUGUCUCCACCAAUGAACAUUAUGUAAGAGAACAGCUGCAGAAACAGAACCUCCCACCUCCAAAAUCCAACAUGGAUCCCCAGGAGCUGCAACUUCUGUUCAAGAUUAUGGACAACAUGUCCUCUGAUUACAACUGGAGAAUCUCCCACCCUAAUCCCUGCUCUUCUUCUUCUUGGGUUGGAAUUGAGUGCAGAACUUUCGGUCCCGAUAACCGGCCUCGUGUCACCAGGCUAGAUUUUGGGACAUUCCCCAACCCAACAUGCAAGCCCACAGCCACUUUCCCUUCAGAUAUCUUCCACCUUCCUCACCUUGAAUCUGUGUUCUUCAUUCACUGCUUCACUCACACCAGAACAAGAAUCAUUCUCUCUGACCCCAACCCCAACAAUUUUAGCUCUCCAUUGCUGCAGGUGAGUCUGAGAUCAAACCCUGCACUCAUUGGCUCAAUCCCACCCCACCUCUCCUCCCUAAAAUCACUUCAGAUUCUCACUUUGUCUCAAAACAGCCUGAAUGGCCCAAUCCCACCAGAAAUCUUCACCUUGACCUCUCUUCUACACCUUGAUUUGAGCUAUAACAUGCUGUCUGCCCCAGUUCCUUCCCAGCUGGGAAAUCUGAAAAACCUUGUAGGCCUUGAUUUGAGCUAUAACAAGCUCUGGGGUUCAAUUCCUGAGACAAUUGGACAGCUUGGUAUGCUCCAGAAGCUUGACUUGAGCUCAAAUGCACUCACUGGUAAUAUCCCAGACAGCAUUGAAAAGCUCCACUCUUUAGUCUUCCUGGCUUUGAGCAACAACAGACUAACUGGGAAGUUUCCAAAAGGGCUAUCCCAGCUGCAAAGCUUGCAGUACUUCAUCAUGGAUGAUAAUCCCAUGUUCACAUCACUGCCAGUUGAGUUUGGUCAGCUGCAGAAACUUCAAGAACUCAGACUAGCCAACUCUGGGUACUCCGGCACAAUACCAACAACCUAUUCCCUGCUAAACAACUUAAGCACACUGUCACUGCAGAAUAACCGGUUAACCGGCCAGAUUCCGGUUGAACUAGCCAAUCUCUCACACAUAUACCACUUGAACUUGAGCAGAAACUUGUUGGGUGGUGUUGUUCCUUUCAACUCAAGUUUUCUCAGGAGGCUGGGCAAGAAUUUGGACCUUAGUGAAAAUCCAGGGCUGUGCUUGAGCCCAUCUGAAGCAAAUGGAGUCUACUUCUCCAAAGUUGAUAUCUGUGGAAGGAACAAAACUGAUUACACACUCAACAAAUCUGAAGCUUCAUCUCAUCAGUUAAGCAUAUCAUUCUCUUCCAUUGCUGCUUUCUGUAUUGUGGGAAUGCUUCAUUACUUCUUCUCUGUUUAGUGUUCUUUCUGCCCUUAGCUUAUUCUUUCACUAUAUUAUCUCAUUAUUCAUUAAUAUUACUGGUUUAGUGAUCAUUAA